UUAUUUAUUUAUUUUUUAUUUCUUCCACUCCUUUGAUGUCAGUCUAAUGCCCACACUCCAGUCUAGUAGGUGGCGGUAAUGCACCUUUGAGAUGAGUUGCCAACCGCCAUUAAACCUGAAAGAAGAAGAAGAAGAAGAUCGUGCGUCACGUGCUGCAGUGUUGUUCAGCUCCCAGUGGUUUGUUUUCAUCUGCAACACUUUCUGUUCUAGAUAUAUUACACCAGCGGGGAGAUGUCUGUGUGCUCAUUAGUAAGUGAAGAUGAUUCACACAAACCCAUCCAGCUUCAUCACCAACACUCCGUGACUCUGGGCCGAGGGCCAGAAACUAAGAUAAAAGACAAAAAGUGCUCAAGAGAACAAGUUGAAUUGAGAGCUGAUUGCAACAGGGGAUUUAUCACUGUUAAACAGUUGGGCGUCAAUCCUACAAAUGUGGACGAUGUGGUUGUGGGCAAAGGCAAUCGGGUGACCGUAAAGCCAGGCCAGAGACUUUACAUGGUCAAUCAGCAGUAUCCUUACAGAGUGAGGUUCACUGAGGACACAUCCACACCCAGAUCUGCCGCAGAGUUGAGCAAACCUUCAAAAAGAGCCCAUCGGAUGAGCUCUGAGGGGAACGCAGAGAAGAUCAAGAGCCCUGCAAACACAGCAUCAGACCAUCACAGAAUGUCAGACGAUUCGCCUCCACCAAAAAAGAUACCAUCAUCUGGAUCUGAUAAAUCUGAAUCUGCUGGCCAUUGGAGCCAAGGGCUUAAAGUGUCAAUGCAGGACCCCAAGAUGCAGGUGUAUAAAGAUGACAGGGUUGUGGUCAUCAAGGACAAGUACCCAAAGGCGCGGUACCAUUGGCUGGUGCUGCCGUGGGACUCGAUCUCCAGUCUGAAGGCUCUGCGCUUGGAGCACGUGGAGCUACUCAAACACAUGCAGCGUGUGGGAGAUCAGAUGCUGCAGCAGUGCCCUGACGCUCACAAACUGCGCUUCCGUCUGGGAUAUCACGCCAUCCCCAGCAUGAGUCACGUCCACCUGCACGUAAUCAGCCAAGACUUUGACUCACCGUGUUUGAAGAACAAGAAACACUGGAAUUCCUUCACUACUGACUAUUUUGUGGAGUCUCAAGAUGUCAUUGCGAUGCUGGAGCAUGAUGGGAAAGUGAUUCCAAAAGUCUAA